CAACAACAACAACAGCAACAACAAAAACUCCCCGAAAUUCGAUCUCGUUCUGCUACAACAGGGAGCAAAUGUUGUCAAUCGCGAGCAAAGUGCGUGAAGAGCAAUCGUAGAGCAAUAAUCAAAAUAUAGCUGAAAGGUGGCUACUGAACACCGUACUGCAGGGAGCAAACCGUACGUUCCAUCAUUUGCCCAGCUCGCAUCCUAGACCGAGUGGAGCAACAGGUUAGCAGCUGCCCAGCCAGGCCAGGCGUCGCAAGACAACACCGUGAAACCGUCCAACCUCCGUGAAGAAAAAAGAACGAUCGCGAUCGCGCAAGAGAAGAAAGAAAGUACGCACGUACCGCGAUCGGAUGGGCGAUGUGUGAUGCAAGUAUGAUGCACAAGGUUGUGCCAAAGAGGUGUCGGGCGACGAUGCAGCAGUGAACGGGCCCAGAGUAACAUGUUGGUGCUUUUUCCCCAAAUGUUUAGUUUUCGAUUCCGUCCGCUAAGGGGAGACUGAAAGGCUCAAGCGCUAGAUCGUACGGUACUGAUCGAUUAAACUGCCCGAUCGGUGUUGCGUGUUGCAUUUUGGUGGUGUAUUGAGCAGCUCGUAUUAUGUUUGGCUUUCCGUAAAGAGGACCAUCCUUAUGAGCAUUUUCUCAAACAAAAAAAAAGAUCCCCAUAAAAGGAAAUCCAUGCUGGUUGAUCCUUUUGCAACUUGCUCGUAUAAAAUCCCCUCGCCGUAUCCGCGCAUCAGAAUCGUCGUAAGCGAAGAAGGCUCCACCAAAAGAAAGGAAGAAAGAACGAAACAGAGAGACAAAACUCGCCUCCGCGUACACCGCUACCCUCCUACCGCUACUGACCCACCCGUGUGCGUUCGAGUCUUCCGAGCGUCUUCUCGAAAACCGUCUUCCAAACUUCAUCAUCCGCUGCUUUCUUCGCCCAGUGGAGUCGCGUGGAGCCGUGGUGCGGUGCGGAACAGUUGGUACAGUGUUGGUUAAAGUGAAACAGAGCUCCAGCUUCCGUGGGAGGAACAGAGAUCGUCCGGCAAAACAAAAGCGAAAAAGGCGAAGAAGACACAGCACCAACCGAACUCGCCUCCUUCUCACUGUUGCCGUUUCCAUGGGUGCAAAGAUUUGGAACAAAGUGCCAAAAAACAAGCCCACCAGCGCUCGUGAAAGAGUCGCCUUUUUGACAGUUUGACUUUUCUCAUUCGGGCUCCAUCUCACUCGCAGGCUGUGAGUUGUUUGUGGUUCACUGUCUCACCAAGCCUUCACGAUCACGAACACCACAUCGUUCACGGAGGUGCGCGAAAAGCGAAACAAACACUCUUGCUGGCUAAGGAAAAAGCAACUGUUUUGGUAUUGAUUUCACGACGAAGAAUCAACCUGAACCUGUGGGGCUAGCGGGAGCCGAUCAAUUAGCCCGGCUAAGGACAUACUUUCUUUCUCAUACGAAAACGAGUAGGGAUCGUGCGAUCCCGCAAACGGAGUCACGCUGAAAAAGUUAGUGCAAACCCGUCUCAAAAUGAUCCGAGAUCCCGGUGGUACGAGUCCGAAUGAAAAUCAAGACUCACCACCAUCGCCCAAAUAUGAUCGGAUACUGGGGCGACCACCACCCCCCGACGAAACAGAAAUUCCGCUUGACAUGACUGUCCGGCGGAAGGAUUCGUCCGAUGGGCAGGGAUCACCUACCGGCAUCGAUCCGGGACGGGAUGUUCCGAUCAAUCUGAAUGUGCGCCCAAGUGUAAUAACGAAAGCGCCGCCACCACCAAUAAAGAAACGCAUCAGUCACAUGCACACCAACGGUGAAAUAGUGCUUAAAAGUAGUGUGAGAACGACCACCGCCACCACCGUCGAGUCGACACCGAUCGUGAACGUAUCGUCCACGUACUGUGAUGUAUCGAUCGAGGAACAUUUCCGCCGUUCACUCGGGCCAACCUACAGCUCCAUCUACGGCGAUAAGCAACAGCUACAACAGCACCAGCAACCCCUAAAUGUGCUGAACAACAAUACCAGCCCCGGUGGACAGGGGCAGCCACCAUUGCACCUGAUAACACAGCAGAAGGUGCACCCUCUGCCGCUUCCGCUGCUACUGCAAAAGCACGCGAUGGAAACAAGCGAGUCGUUACCGCUGACAGGACCGGGAACGGUUGGUGCAGGUGGUGGUGGUGGUGGUGGGAUGCGGAACCACAGUAGCAGCAGUAUUAGCUCCAGCUCCUCCAUAAGCUCGAACAGUAGCAUAUCGAGCAGCUUGAGCAAUACGAGUGGCAUAAGCAGCAGCAGCGGCAGCACCAACAACAUCAGACCGUCCGGUGGUGGUAUUCGUGUGGUCGCACCGGAUACGAUCGAGCUAAAGCUGUCGAGUGAUCCCGCCCCACCGGUUCCACUCGUCCCGGCAACCGUGCUACCACCAUCACCCGGUGCACCAUCGUCCGCGGCCAGUGUGGCCAUUUCGCUGACAUCACCGAAACACCUGCAUCAGCAACCACCACCACCACCACCACUGCUACCACCAGCGCCGGCCAUUUCGCCCGCCUCACUCACCACCACGAUGUCCCUUUCGUCCUCGUCCCCAUCGUCAUCGUUGGCGUCCUCACCCGCACCGUUCCUGACGACGCAGCCACCGCAGCAGCAGCAGAAGAGGCCCGACUCGGGCGAAGAGGUGGACGACCAUUUCGCAAAAGCACUCGGUGAUACGUGGAAGAAAAUUCAGGAAAGUAAUAUGAAUUUGUGAGCCCCCUUCCAUUGGCUCCCGGAAAGGGAACGAUGAUCAGGGCCGGCCGUGACAUUGUUUUUAUAUUAUGCGAAAGCUGUGAAACCCGGCACACCUGGCCUGGUUCGGUGAGCUGUGGUGGUAUCCUACAUUUGUUUCCUUCUUUUUUUUUUGCUCUUUUACUCUUAUGCUAUAGUUCCCGAUUUGUUUUAAAAGCUAAUGUUAAGUUCCUUUUUCAUUGUUUUCCUUGGUAAGCUGUGUGCGCGCGCACAUUACCAUAUUAAUUUGUGAUUGAUUGAUCUGCUGCUGGAUGAUAUGGUGCGCACAAACGUUAGAUCGAUCGUGAACGAGACUAGCAUGAGAUUGUUUCUAGAGAAUCGCUCUUAUCGCGAGCACACAACACACACACUAAUACUUGAAAGGAGCGAGAUUGGUAGAUAAGAAAGAGAGAGUGAGAGAAAAGGAGAGUUAAUCCAGUUAGUUGCACAUAUACGUUGCUGUACGUUUAAUAGUCUAACUAUUUCACUAUCAUUUAACAUAAUAUUUACCCUUACUGUGUGCUGUCAGCAUAAAUGGAGAGACAAUGGUGCAAUUGCAAGAAACACAUAGGCGCGCUCCCACACACACACAUACAUUCAAAGCGUUUGAUUGACUUGUUGAAAACGAGUGCAUUUACUAAGUACAGGGCCUGCCACUUAGUGGUAUCUGACGCUUUUCGCUUUCGAUAAAUCCACAGUUGUGGACAAUUGCUUUAGAAACGUAUCAUUCGUACGUUGAUUUAAAAACUAAUAUACGGUCACUACUGCUUUUCUAAAUUUUUCAAAUUAUUUCAUGAAGAGAUGAAGCCCGUUUCAUAUUGUAAGGCGUUUUCACAAAGCCAUUAGUGUAUGUGUUUGUGUGUGUGUGUGCUACAUAAAAAAUCAUUUAAAACUUGUUUUGAUAAAGUAGUUCAGGACAUGGCAAACUCAUGAUCGCAAGCAAUAGCAAUGUCGUCCGCUAAAGUUGCAUUUCCAUAUAUAAUCCAUAUUACCUAUUUGCUCUUCUCGUCCUAAACGUACGUCUAAAGAGAGCUCGGAGAGCUCGGAGAGCUAAUGUUGAAUUGAAAUCGUUGAUAAAGUACCAUACAUAUAUAGGAUUUAACGCAAAACCCCAAUCUGUGGCCUUUAACUAAAAAAAUCAAAUGCUAAUUCAAUUCGCACAAGUGUUGCCGGUUGUCAGAGGCAAACCGAACUGUUCCUGUGUGUGCGUGUGUGUGUCAAACAAGCAAACGAAACGUAAAGCAACCUAAUAUUCUUUUAGAACUGUAAGAACUACCGUAACGUGUUAUCUGUGUACGCCAUUUUGUUCGUACUGGCUCGAAGUGAUAUAGGAUGUCAAAGUUAGAUAUGGUGGUCGAGAUUUUGCAUUUCUGUAGUUACACACUCCCUUACAACAGCAGAAAACAUGGAUCCUUGGUAGUAGGUUUUGUGGAGAAGAAGGUAGUUGUAAGAUGGAUGCGAUCUCCAAAAUCUCCUUCCUUUCGGUAUGUAUGUGCUGGUUUCUUGGUUAAGUAAAUGUUGCUCGGUCCCCUACGUCGGGUACUGAUUUCGAAUGGUGCUAGAACGAUUUCAUAUGCCAUCUAGGCACCGAUAGGAAGCCAGUGCCCGUAAGGAUCAACCUCCGUCGCACAUGCACACGUACAUCAUUACAAAGGCAGGUGACCACAUGAUUGAAGCGAUGCGCAGUUCUAGAUGCUCAAAUCGUCUGAUCUCUGGUGCAUUGCCUUAACACUUGUGGUCGCUUGUUUUAUGACCUGGAAAACACUUUUAUAACCUGAACUUGGUUCUCUAAGAACAAACGCACACGUAACGAGCGCAGUUUUCAAAGUGAGUUUUAACAGCACAUUUUUUUAACUACGAGUUUAGGAGAAAGAUUUAAGGCGUGCGCGGAAAGGAUAUUUAAUAGAUUUCCGCUCCCCCCGAGAGCGAAAUUUGAAUCAAAACUUACCGUUCCACACACCGAUCGGCUAGCGUGGAGUGGAAGCGAAACAUGUUUUAAACUUUUAGCAAUUUAAGUGAACGGAAAAUCAAACCUUAUAUAUUGUAACGUUUUUUUAUAACAUUAUCACGCCACUUCACCGUGCGACAAAUUGUUUUUAGAUGAAACUAUUGAGUGAUCUAGGCAAGGCGAUACAGUACUCGAUCGACCAGCAAUCGAUUUUGUAGGUAAAGGAAUGGUUAAGAGCAUAACACGAUGAUACAUAUUUUGUGAUAAAGUAUAGAAAGUUGUACACUAA